GCAAUAUGUACAGUCAAGACUCUUUGUUUGAUUACUAGGGCCGCAAGUUCGGAGCAAUGCGUCGAGACAUGUUACUUACCGGUUUAAUGCUGUUGCUCGCCGGCACGCUGAGCCUUACCUCCGCAGGCCAAAUAGCCUGCACCGCGCAAUUCUUCGUGGCUCCCAACUAUGGUGGAGAGGUCGGAGCUAUCUCCCUGUCGCCCGUCAUAGCCGCGUCAGCUUCCACGAUUGUGCCGGACAUUGCCGCGCUUCCAGGCUCUCGUCUCCAAAACUGGGGCGACCACAUCCAGUCGCUGCGGAUCCUGUGCAUCUGCGUAGGCGGCACAGGAAGCUGCCAAGAUAACUUCAGCCAGGUGAAGCUCUACAUGUAUGCGGAUCCCUUCUGGCUGGGCACGCGCGGCGGUGCGUCGAGAGAGCUUACCUGCACCACUCUGACCGGCGGCACCUACUGCGCUUCUGGCUGGACGACCAUGCCCGCGGACUGGACCGACCGUAUCUCAGCCGUGGCGCUAACCUACGGCAUGCCAGCCUACGUGCCGCCCCCGUGGGACGGCCCAGUGCCCAGCAGCCCCUCCCCCUCCCCCUCCCCGUCUCCUUCGCCCUCGCCCUCACCUUCAACGACGUCAUCGCCUUCACCCAAGCGGCAGAACGGCGGUGGCUCAAAGAACGCGGUGGGUGACACGGCCUCUCCGCCGCCGUCGCCGCAGCCGCCGUCGCCUGCCCCACAGCCGCCGCAGCCCAAGGGGGCAGGCAAGGCUGCCAAGCCACUGAAGUCCCCGUCGCCGCCCAAGCCGCCAAAGAAGACCAAGGUUGUCACUGUGGAUUUGGGUCGUUAAAGGACAUAGUCCGGCAAGGGGGUGGCUUCAAGUAUUAGGGAUACAGCAGCCAGAGUGCCACCAUACAGGCACUGGGCCUACCUGCAGUACCGUAUUCGGGACGUACACUUACUUGCUAGCGCCUCCACCAACACUGCCGCAUCCGCGCAUCCCUGCAGCUGAUGCCGAAACCCAGUCCCCGCCUAUGAUGUGUUGUGAUGAUAGUAAGGGUCUGCAACAUGAUUGGGCUAGCAAGUGAGCGCACACUACCGUACUGUGGUUUGUUUGGAGCUGCGGCAAUUUUGUGGAUACCAGAACUGGCCACCAACGUGCACGCAAUUGGUGAAUGCUGUGUGCGCGCGCUUUCGUUGCGUUAAUUGCACACCACGCACUAUGUCCGGCGAUUGAUUGAUUCAUUUAGUAGUGUUUACUAGUAAGUGGGGGAGCCGACUAGGACCGGCAAGUUCCGCCACGAAGGCAUUUGAGAAGGCAUUGCCGGGUGACAAGCAAGAACGGAGCUCUUUGAUAAUUACCACGGACGUGGACGUGGCCGGUCAGCGAUGACAAGUCAAGUGGACCUCACCAAUUACAUCCUGUAACUAUAUGGAUAC